CUAUUGAACUGGGGACUGAAUGACUGUCUGCCUUCCCCUGGUUCCGAAUCUGAUUGUUGGCUGUUUGUCGAUUCCUUCUUGAUUGUUUUCGAUAUCUCGAUAAUACAACCUCAUGUCCCGGUCCCAUCUUCCAUUGACGCCCGCCAUGUCGGGAGAACUGGUGGUGAUGGAGCAGCCAUGCGUGGAGGGCGUCGAGUCGUUUGCCCUGCCUCCUGCCGCCUUGAGUCCGGCGGCGUCAGUCGCCUCGCGCCGCAACUCGUCGAGGAACGAGUCGUUCUGUCCGCCGAUCAAACGCCCGCUCGAAGAUCUGGACCUGCCGCCGCCGCCGACCCGGACUCGAAAGAUCAUUCAGAUGAAGCCCAAGCCGCAGUCGACUGCACCGAAACAGCCGGCCAUCGCGGCAAACUCCACCACAAAUAAUAAUAAUACCACCAAGCAGACCAAAGAGGCGGGCAAGACCCCCGCCAGCGGCGGAAUCGCCCGCAAGACCGCACACAGUCUGAUCGAGCGCCGGCGGCGGUCGAAGAUGAACGAGGAGUUUUCCACCUUGAAAAACAUGAUCCCCGCCUGUCGUGGCCAAGAAAUGCACAAGCUUGCCAUUUUGCAGGCAAGCAUUGACUAUGUCAACUACCUCGAGCAAUGUAUUCAAGACCUCAAAGCGGGCGAUAGCAAAAAGAGCACCACUCCGCCAUCCCCCACCUCUCCCAACAUGCUGGCUGGCCCAGGCAUGUCCACCGUCUACCACAUCGCGACCUCUCCCCAGGUAACAGCGACGACAUCUGCCGCCGCUACUGCCAACCCGUCGCCCUCCUUCUCCCCGCGCAGCCGGGCUCCCUCGCGCUCUUUCGACUUUGUCCCCACCACCAUCCUGCCCAGCCCGGCGCUGGCUCCCUCGCGCUCACAUUCAUCACCUUCCGACACCACCGACCCGCCACGGCCGUGGGCCACCACCACCACCACCACCUCAGCGACCACCUCGCCGGCCAUGGCCCCCCAGCGCGGCAGCAUCUCCUCGUACAGCCUCGACACGGACAUUGACCACGAGGCGUCCGCCGCGCUGCUCAUGCUGAAUCGCGACCGCCGCGGCACGGCCGAUUCCAUCGCGGAUCGGGUCUCUUCCGCCGCUCUAGAUGUCGAGGGCGGGGAUGCACAGCGGAAGAUGGGGAUGAGCGUGCGAGAUUUAUUGAUAUCCUAGUUCUUCUUCUUUUUUAGAUCAAUGCAACGUUACGAUUACGAGUAAAU